CAGAAACAUGGAUUGGUGCCAUAAUCUGUGGACGCCACAUUUCUCUGGGCGCUGUGACAUUGCAGAACUUUGGGAGUUUCACACCCUGCUUUCACUGUCUGCAGAGGCUGAGGCUGUGUUCCCACACUGCUACACUGUCUUCAGGGAUCAUGAAUCACUUAGUGUGGUGGAUGCUGGUUAUCCUAUGGAUGGUGCAGGCUGUGGAAGGCUGUCCCAGUGUCUGUAAAUGCUCCAGGAAGUCCGGUUCGGAAAAGACAGAGGUCAACUGUCAUAAGAGGGGGCUUCGUGCCGUUCCCUCCAAACUGCCCGGUGAUGCCUGGAUCCUUAAACUAGGUGAGAACGGUAUCACAGACCUGAAGGCCGAUGCUCUGAGCUCUAUUCCAAAGAUUGAGAGUGUCAACCUGGAACGAAAUGCCAUCAAGUCCAUCCACCCACAAGCUUUCUCUGGUGCGAAGCAAUUGAUGCUCCUCAAUCUUUACGGCAACCACAUCACCAACCUUCCACCGAGGGGAUUCCAGGACCUUCUGAACCUCCGCUUCCUCAUGCUGGGACAGAACCAGAUUGGCACCCUUAAACCUCAGAUGUUUGCAGGAAUGAAGAACUUGUCCGACUUAGACCUCCCUCUCAAUGCGCUGACAAUGCUUCCGUCUAAUGCCUUUAAGCCUCUAAUCGCCCUCAAAGUUCUGGACCUUUCCCUGAACCGCAUCCAGAAGAUCUCUCCUAAGGCCUUCACUGGACUCAGACAGCUCAUGUUUCUCAACUUAGAUAAUAACAGUCUGAAGACCAUUCCCGCUGGCGCAUUUGGGCCACUGCAAUCGCUGGAGAUGCUGGUUCUAGACAACAACUUUCUGUCCACACUAAGCCCAUCAGCUCUGGAUGGCCUGGGCAACUUGCAGGAACUCUACCUGAGGAACAACGAGCUAGAGCACCUGCCACCUGAUGUGUUCAGGAACAUGGCCAAGCUUUCUCAGUUGGCUCUCAGUGGAAACCGCCUGAAGACAGUGGAUGGAAACAUGUUCGCCCAUAUGCCUGACCUGAAGAAGCUGCACCUCCAUGACAACCCAUGGCAGUGUGACUGUACCAUCAUCUCCUUGGUGCAGUGGAUGGGACAGACCACGGCUACCCUGUCGCCUCGAGACGCCCUGAAAUGCGGUAGUCCUCCGGAGCUCAGAAACAAGAGCUUCUCCAGCCUCCAAGCUGACAAACUGCUCUGCCCCGCCUAAUCUCAAAAAACCUGGAGGAAGACCGCAGCGUGGGCAGAUGAUGAACUUUUACUCAAAACUGUUUUUUUCCACAUACUGGGCUAGUGUUUGUAAAAAGUAUGAAUACUUUCUUAUAGAGUUGCAGUGCAGUCAAUACAUUUCCCUGUAGGAUAGUGUCCUACUCCUCCUCUUCCUUAAGAGCAACAUAUUGAUGUUUUCAACUAAAAACCCUGCAUAAAACAUCACCUUUUAGAAACUUUGGCUUGACCACGAUUUAUUUUUGAGUUUAAACCCAAAAGAUAUAUCUGCAAUUUCACCGUUAGACUGCAGUUAAAGCAUGAAAAUCACUAAAAACUAGAGUUAUGAGGUUUUCAUUGGACUUAAUGUGUGUAUCACUGUUGCAUUUUCCAACAGCAAAGAACAAGUCCCUUAUCUACAAAUUCAACACUGAGAUUAAUAUUAUAAUCUCAUAUUGCUUGUCACACAGAGGCUAUGCAGGUUUGGAAAGUGACGGAUUACAUGCAAUGGGAUUAUAUUAAUCCGAUUCCAGGAAAUGGUUUCUGUAAUCUUUUAUAGUUAAUGUAAAAAAGAAAGGCUAGUGAGAUGAUAGACACUGCCAGGAUGUGCAAAGCUAAAACUAAAAGUGAUAGCUGUAGAUAAUGUAAAUUCAUUGAAAUUGUAAUAAGAUUAACGUGAAAUAAGAAAGAUGAUUUAGGUUGAUGUAUAGCCAUGCAGCCCAGCAGUGAUUCACUAUAUGGCCAAAAGUACGUAGACACCUGAACAUUUCAACCACAUGUGGGUAUUGAACAUAACAUUCCAAAACAAUGGGCAUUCCUCCUCAUUCCUCAGUCAAGUUAGAUUUCAAAAUAAAGCUUGCAUGGUUAACGUUGUGGAAGACUUUGGUUUAGCUACAAAACGAACUGGUUAUGUUUUAGGAAAAAGAUCAUGAAGUACGUUACGUACCUUAUGUAACUUAAAUCUACUACAAGGAGUUUUCAAGUGGUUAUUAAACAGUGUAAAUUUCA